UCUGCGGAGUACGACGUGUGAUGUACACGUUCGGUUGCUAGCGAUAUGACAACGCGACGUUUUCUCUCCCGUGCGGGGCCCUUGAUGUGGCCGUCUGCUACAAUCGUGCUUUUGCUCCUCGUAGCGGCAACCACCGCCGGAAGCAGUGAAAAUGAACUUUGCCAGCCAAAGGAUGGAGGCUCUGGGAAGUGCAUGCAUAUCAGUUUAUGUCCAUCAGCUAUCCAUAAGGUGUACCAAGGUAUCAUGCCAGACUUAUGUGGCUUCCAAGGCAGGGUAGCCAUAGCGUGUUGUGAAAAUUCUACUGCCUCCAAUCAACUAAUCGCACGAUAUCAACCACUCAGAAAGACUGAAAUAAAACCAAAUGGAAUACCUGAAUCAACAACCAAACCACCAAACAGCAGCCUUGGCUCACAGUUCCAGUCUCCCUCUACACAAUGUGGUAACACUUCAAGUCAGCAAAUUAGGAGGCAUAUUAGUGAAAAGAAUGGUGAACUGUGCCAGCUAAAGAAUGGAGGCUCUGGGAAGUGCCUGCAUAUCAGUUUAUGUCCAUCAGCUAUCCACAAGGUGUACAAAGGUAUCGAGCUGGACAUAUGUGGCUUCCAAGGCAGCGUAGCUAUCGUGUGUUGUGAAGAUCCUGCUGCCUCCAAACAACUAAUCGCAGGAGAUCAACCACCUAGGAUGCCUGACACACAACCAAAUGUAAUACCUGACUCAACAACCACUUCACCAAACAGCAGCCUUGUUUCAAAGUUCCAGUCUACCACUACACAAUCUGGUAACACUUCAAGUCAACAAAUUAGGAAGCGUGUUAGUGAAGAGAAAUGUGAUGAGUAUAAAAGGCCUUUGGACGAGGCAGCUAAAAUUCGUUUUCCAUUAAUUUAUCAGUUCAUUGUUGGAGGUAAGAAAGCUACUGUUGGAGAGUUUCCUCACAUGGCUGCUAUUGGUUAUCAAGUUGAUGGUAAUCUGGAAUGGAGCUGUGGGGGAUCAUUAAUCAGUGAAUAUUAUGUCCUUACUGCUGCACACUGCACACAUAUUGGAAAGUAUCCUGCUGUAAUAGUUCGUCUUGGUGAGCAUAAUCUGAAAAGUGAUGAUGAUGGAGCACUUCCUGUUGAUUAUCACAUUGCAGAUUUAGUGCGCCAUCCUGAAUACAAAGGACCAAGCAAAUACAAUGACAUUGCUCUGUUACGUCUUAGUGAGCGUGUGAAUUUCACAUGGCCUAUACGACCUGCUUGUCUCUACACACAUGAUAAAUUCUCAGAUAGCAGGGCAGUUGCUACUGGUUGGGGUAAAACUGAGUAUGCUGGAAAAUCAAGUGACAUUUUGCAGAAAGUUGAUCUUGACAUAGUAGAUAAUGAAAUGUGCAAUAACUUAUGGAAAAGUCUUGGCAAGAUCACAUCUCUGCCUCAUGGAAUUGCACCAUCAAUGUUAUGUGCCGGGGUCAGUGCAGGAGACAAAGACACUUGUCAGGGUGAUUCUGGUGGACCACUUCAGAUGUCCAUCAAAAUAGGAAGACAACAUUUGUAUCAUGUUAUUGGAGUGACAUCAUUUGGGAAUUACUGUGCUGGAAAAGAUUCACCAGGAGUCUAUACACGUGUCUCUUCUUUUAUUACAUGGAUUGAGAGCAUUGUGUGGCCAGAUGGUUAGCUUAAUGAACGGAUUACCAACUUGUAAAAAGUUUCAUGUGGCUAGCUGAUGGUUUCAUUGGUGUAUGUUGCGACUGCAGAUCUAACACUCAGAUAUUCAGCCAAAAAGUUGUUAAAAUCAAUUCAUUACAUAUGCUAUCACAUUUUUUUCUGAUAAAUAUCAAAUGACCUUACUUUACACAAAACCAACAUUUUAAUUUUGAUGUAAAUAUACAUUAUUAAUCAAGAACUUAAAUUACAAAUCUCAUGACUUGAA